GUCGAGCAGUGCUGCUGCUGCCAGACCUGCCCACAGUCUGCCAUGCGGCCUCGCUGGUGCUGGCCCGCUGCUCUGUGUGUGUGUGUGUACGCUCGCGGCCAGUCGCGCCUAACUCCAUGUCUAACCAUUAAUACACUAGGUAACUUUCAAGUAAUGGAUGAUUAAUAAUUGCAAUAGCGAUGGUUUGAGAUCAGGAGUUAGGUGUAAACAUCGUGAAACUUGUAUGUUUGGCUGUAAAACAUAUAUAUUGAUGUACCCGGGUUGGUGGACGGUGGUUGACCGUGCCCGCGACGAUAGUGAGGUACGAUACUCGUGUCGGUAAGAGUCGUCGGUAUCGCUGAAGGCUGUUGCUAUAUAUAAACCUUUGAGAUAAAUUAAGAGUUGCAUAUGUUGACUCCCCUCAAGCACACCUGGGACUCGCCGUGAUGAGGUGUGUGGGCAGGUAAGGACAAGUUGAACUCCCUUCACUGUGCUGUGUUACGGGCUCGCCAUAGCCCGUGCUACAUGGACACGUCGUUCUGAGUAGCUAAAAUCUGAAACAACAACAACUGUGCAGUAAGCGGUUUGUGUAUAACUCCUUAAGUAACCAAUAAGAAAUGAUAAUAAUAGAUGUCGAUAAUCCAUGCACUGCACCUGCGGAGAGAUACAGCAGAGUUAAGCCCCUCAACGUCAAGUUUUUGCGAACUCUACACAGUGCGCAGUUAUCCCUCUAGUGUUGAAUUUAGAGGAGAAAAAACUACGCGACUAGCGUCAUCGUCUGUUAUACAAGUGAAAAGUUAUGAAACAGUCUGCAAUUGUUGAGAAAAAAUUCCAUAAUGGGAGAAUCGUGUUGGUGGCUGCCGUAGCUCGUCCUUGAACCCUGGUGAGGGACUCCAAGACACGGCUCGUCCUCAAGAUAGGAAAUGACCUCCACAUCAGAUCCAGAUCCAUGUCACGGAUGCCAUCGUAUGCCUAAUCUAAGAUGUGGGCGGCGCAUGGCCGCCAGCACCGAAGCUGUGCAAGAUAAGAGUCCUGGUGAGGCCUGCCUGACGGGUGCUGCCCUCUGCUGGGUCGUCCUCCACCACCUCAACCCGAGCAAGGCGUCCGUCCGUCGCGCUAAGAAAUAACGAAGUAGUAUAGUGAAAAAAUUGUGCUGCUUUUAUCGAGUUGAAAAGAACAAGAACGGUGAAAGAGGCCAUUAUUAAGAACCUUUUUAACUCCAUAGUUUUAAGACAGUGGAAAAUAUUUCUGAAGAAAAUUUAUGUGAAAGGUGAAGUGGUGUUGCGAGUGUUGUGUGUGAUUGUGCAGAGCGUGGGUGUUGAUGGUGAGUGUUGGUGGGCAGCCGCGGGUGACAUGGGGCAUAGAGCCUUGCACCAGCCGGGAUAAACGGCAAGCGUUGAGGUGGUCGCUGUGGCCAUGUUGGCCUCUGUGGGAGUGGCCAGACCAACACCAUCCCUGCACCAGUUCCUCAACAUCUCUCAUGCCGCCAACUUGAUUUUGGAGCCCUCUGUAGCCGCCCACACCCCUCUUGCGGGCGUCCACGGACCAAUGGUAGGCACUGACUCGGGUUUGGUAACAGUGGAUCCGGUUAAUAUAACAGAACUCGACGGAGGGGGUGUUAAAACUGGCGAGAGCUCUCUGCACGGACUCUUUACAACGGCGUUGCUGGUGCUGGUGCUAUUGAUGAUCAUUGUAGGCACCGUUGUAGGUAACCUACUCGUCUGCGUCGCUGUCUGCCUCGUCAGGAAACUCAGGAGACCGUAUAACUAUUUACUGGUGAGCUUGGCGGUAUCCGACUUGUGCGUCGCGCUGCUGGUUAUGCCAAUGGCAUUGCUCCACGAACUCUUAGGUGAAUGGCAGUUCGGACGGCUCGCCUGUGACGUGUGGGUGUCGUUCGACGUGCUCUCCUGCACGGCCAGCAUCCUCAACCUGUGCAUGAUCAGUGUGGACAGAUAUCUGGCCAUCACGAGGCCCCUGGAGUAUGGCGUGAAGCGAACUCCUCGCAGAAUGGUGGCCUACAUUGCCUUCGUGUGGCUAGGUGCGGCAUUCAUCAGUGUUCCGCCUAUCCUCAUCCUGGGCAACGAGCACGGUGAUGGCUCCAUCUGCGAGGUCUGCCAGAACUUUUGGUACCAAAUAUAUGCCACUUUCGGCUCCUUCUACAUUCCCCUCACUGUGAUGGUAACAGUUUACUACAAGAUCUUCUGCGCUGCGAAGAGAAUCGUGAAUGAAGAGCGGAAAGCGCAGGCACAUCUUCGACUAGUGGAGGCUACGGAGGCGGACGCCAGGGCAUCUUCUGGCUCCUAUACUCAACUCAAACCUGUCUCCAGGUACAGCGUGGUGGAGGUGAACAACGGUGGGGUGGAGACCAGACUAGCGCCGGACGCCCCAACUCUCUGUUCCAGAGGAGAGACUGGAAGCCUCUUGGGCCCAGAAAGUCCACACCAUCUGGAGGUUGAGAGUGUGGGGUCUCCACAGUCCGGCCAGAAAACUUGUGCUAUGGUUCCACCCCGGUUGGUAGUGUGUAGUUCUUCGGUGUCUUCGGCCGCUUCCGCCGACUCCACUACGGGGUCCCGAUGGUCUCUUUGUGAGACCAAUGGCAAGGCCCACCCGCCCACUUCUCCCCGUACGCCCACACAGCAGCCCACGCACGCCCACAACUGCUAUAACGCCUGUCAGUCCACUAACGGCUCCGGUGAUCCAAAUUCUCCCAGAAAGCGCAUUCAGCCGCCUAAGACCAAGUUGAAGUUUGCGCUCGCUAAAGAGCGCAAGGCCUCCACCACUCUAGGAAUUAUCAUGAGCGCCUUCGUGGUAUGUUGGCUGCCCUUCUUCGUGUUGGCCUUGGUACGUCCCUUCAAGACGCCCUCGUCCAUUCCCGCCUGGAUCUCCUCUCUCUUCCUGUGGCUGGGCUACGCCAACUCGCUCCUCAAUCCUAUUAUCUACGCCACUCUCAACAAGGACUUCAGGAAACCCUUCCAGGAGAUCCUGUGUCUGCGCUGUGCGUCACUCAACCUGCUGAUGCGAGAAGAGUUCUACCACUCACAGUACGGCGGCCCAGACACCCCUACCCUCUCCGCCGUCAGGACCCACACUCACACCAACCCCAGGAACUCCUCAGAGAUCCACUUGACCAUUAACGAGCCCAGGGAGCCUAGCGUCUCCGAGGAGGCCCGCGAGUCCAGGAUCUGAGGGACCUGCAGCGAAUCUAGUGAGGUCUAGACCCAGCUGCAUCGCAGAUAAUGGCAGCCAGUGGAACGGUCCUCUUCCCACUCGACCAAGGGAGGUUUGUGGCGAUGAAAACUUAGAUGAGAUACGGGCUUAAAAUGUACACGAUCUCUCUCAUACACACACACACACACACACACACACACACACACGUACGUUCAUAACACACUCAAUAUUCAAGCUUAAUAUACGUAAUCAAGAAAAGUGUGUCUCGACCCAGGACCAUGUCGAACCACUGGUAGCAUUUGUCACCUUACCAAAAGAUGCGUGACAAGAGACCCCCACCAGAGACGACCUGUUCAGAACUCACGUUGGGGGCACUAUCCUGGUGUGCGUGCGCGUGCGUGUGUAAUUCAGAACAACCCAAAUAUAUACGAAUUCCUCACAGAACUCCAGGAGGAGCUCGGAAGAUCGCAGUCGGGAGGUGACGCGGAGGACUCCUUACUGAAGUUGUACCGAAGACGCUGAAAGAUGCUUCGUGUUAAUGCAAGUCAAUCGGAGUGUGACGGACAAAAGCGCUCAGACUCUUGAGUGUUAUGCUCAGUAUCGGUAUUAAAGAGGUUAAACGCAAUGUAAGAUAUUGAAAUAUCUGUAUAUAUCAAGAUACUGGGUCUGUGUUUACAGUCUCGCCCUGUGUUACAGAGGCCAUUACAGUCUCUCCCAUUGUUACAGAAGCCAUUACAUUUCGACAAGACCAACAAGAGAGAUUAUUGGGGGGAAAGUUGCAAACUUUUAUCAUAGUGAGGCUGUAAUUUUUAAAGUUGAGGUCGUGUACUAUGCUGUAACUGGAGACGAGACAUGUAAUGUUCUCUGUAUUUGAGAACUUUAGCAUUUUACAGUAGCAGAAAACUUGGCCAGUGUUUACCUGUGAUGAAGCACAAGAGUCCCGGGAACCCGAGGGCUCUGACCACUAGUCUGCCAUGCAAUAUUGCUUAUGCAAUAAGUUAGGCAAUAACACGUUUGCUUAUUCCUCUUUAAAUAAUACUCAAAGGCUUUACAAAGAAUAGUCGAACAUCAACUGCAUUCAUAUAUGAAGGAGUUCCUUGAUGCGAAGAUAAACCUAAUGAAAUGUACUCUAAUAUACGUUUAAACUGAGUACAUAAGUAUCAUAAACCAGAGUACUAAGCCACGAUGGCUUGUCAUAGUGCGAUGUGAAUAAUACAAGGGCGAAAUACCUCAGGCUGUUGUAAAAUGUUAUAAAGUGUAUCCAUUAUACAUCUACUAGACUUAUCUAUCGUGUGGGGGAUUCUGAUGCCCUGUACAACAGUUUGGGCUUCAGUUAUGGGAAGUGUAGUGGUGGCAACCACAGACUCAACCAUGGCCUCAUGACUCAAAAAAAUUAUGAGUCCUUGGGUAGAUGGAAAUCCAAGUUGCAUAAAUUACUCCGUUAACAGGAUUCUUGACUUUGGUGUCUUGAAGCAUGAAUAUGAACCUGUUUUAUUCAUGCUGUGAGUGACUCUUUUUAAAGAAUUGAUGUUAUACCUGACCACACUGAGAUUCAAAGGUAAACGCCGAUUAUACUGUGACUGACAGUGUUGUGUAUUAUACUGUGACUGACAGUGUUGUGUAUUAUACUGUGACUGACAGUGUUGUGUAUUAUACUGUGACUGACAGUGUUGUGUAUUAUACUGUGACUGACAGUGUUGUGUAAUUAUACUGUGACUGACAGUGUUGUGUAAUUAUACUGUGACUGACAGUGUUGUGUAAUUAUACUGUGACUGACAGUGUUGUGUAAUUAUACUGUGACUGACAGUGUUGUGUAAUUAUACUGUGACUGACAGUGUUGUGUAUUAUACUGUGACUGACAGUGUUGUGUAUUAUACUGUGACUGACAGUGUAUUGUAUUAUACUGUGACUGACAGUGUAUUGUAUUAUACUGUGACUGACAGUGUUGUGUAUUAUACUGUGACUGACAGUGUUGUGUAUUAUACUGUGACUGACAGUGUUGUGUAUUAUACUGUGACUGACAGUGUUGUGUAAUAAUACUGUGACUGACAGUGUUGUGUAUUAUACUGUGACUGACAGUGUUGUGUAAUAAUACUGUGACUGACAGUGUUGUGUAAUUAUACUGUGACUGACAGUGUUGUGUAUUAUACUGUGACUGACAGUGUUGUGUAAUAAUACUGUGACUGACAGUGUUGUGUAAUUAUACUGUGACUCAGUGUAUUGUAUUAUACUGUGACUGACAGUGUUGUGUAUUUCUUAUAUAAUGAUCAGUAUUAAAAUGGCACUCUGUAUAUUAAUGACAUGAAUCAGUGAGUGUAGUUCUAAAUAUAUUUUAAGAUCGGGUAAUGGGGGGUGGCGCCCCCGUGUGGCUGGCGCCGGCACCACGUACACAACAGGAGACAACAUCAGAGAGCGAUGCGUGUUCUAAAUCCAGUCAAACAGUAAGAAGCAUUUACAACCCGAUUUUACGCCUUGUGAGAAAGGUUAAAGAUUUGUUUUUUUGUACCCUGUAACAGUUAACUAUCGUUAAGCAUGAUUGAUCUUGAAUAGCAGGUAUAUAUAUAUAUAUAUAUAUAUAUAUAUAUAUAUAUAUAUAUAUAUAUAUAUAUAUAUAUAUA